AUGGAACCCGUUAUAGGAGUUACUACUGCGAUAGAAACAAGCGUCGCAGACUGGCGUGAUACUGGACCUUUAGUUUAUCCUGCUGCCUUUGUAUACAUCUAUUCAGCUUUAUACUUUCUAACAUCACAUGGACAAAAUAUACGUUUAGCCCAGUAUGUGUUCGGUUUAAUCUAUCUGCUGCAAAUGUGGCUAGUCUUACGCCUUUAUGCCAAGAGUCGCAAAGUGCCUCCAUAUGUUUUGGUAAUAAGUGCCUUCACCUCUUAUCGCAUACAUUCUAUUUAUGUAUUGCGUCUCUUUAAUGAUCCGGUUGCCAUACUGUUCCUUUAUGCUGCUCUCAAUCUAUUUAUGGAUCGUCACUGGACCCUGGGUAGUAUAUGCUUCAGUUUGGGAGUGGGAUGUAAAAUGAAUAUUUUACUUUUUGCUCCUGCUCUUUUAUUGUUUUACUUGAUUAAUUUGGGUCUUGUAAAAACCAUUGCACAGUUAGCUGUUUGUGGCAUUUUGCAAUUGUUAUUGGGUCUGCCCUUCUUGCUGACCUAUCCCUGGCAGUAUAUUAAGGGUAGUUUUGAUUUGGGUCGUGUAUUUGAACAUAAAUGGACGGUUAACUAUAGAUUUUUGCCUAGGGAAUAUUUUGAAAAUAAAUAUUUCCAUUUAGCUCUUUUAGUUUUGCAUCUUUUGCUGUUGUUAGUAUUUGCCAGACCUACUAUAUUGUUCUUUAAGAAUUAUACCCGCCUUAGGCAAUUGCAAUGUCAGUUCCAGCCACAAUUGGACCAACAAAAUAAAAAAUUAAAAGAGAACAAAAAUAAAAAAGCCAAGAAACCCACUAAAAUUGAAACAAAAUCUGCAGACGAGCCGGAAGAGCAAUUAACUGCUGAACAGGAAGCUUUUCUACACAGUUUUGAGAAGGGUUUACAAAAGUCUACCGGUCUCAAGGCACCAAUUAAGCAGCAACAAACAGAAAAAUCUACACAAUUCCAAUCAGACCCCGAUAAAGUAUCAGUACAUUUCGAUCAAUGUACCCAAUUGGCUUUGUUGCCAUUUUUCCUGUGCAAUUUCAUAGGCGUGCUAUGUGCUCGUUCUCUACACUAUCAAUUCUAUGUUUGGUAUUUCCACUCAUUGCCCUAUUUGACUUGGUCUACCAACUACAGUUUGGGUUUACGUUAUCUUCUUUUGGGUCUUAUAGAAUUCUGUUGGAAUACCUAUCCCAGUACACAUUUCUCCAGUUUUGUUUUACAUUUAACACAUUUGAUUUUAUUAUUUGGUGUUGGUCGCAAUAUGUUCAAAACCCUAAGUCAAAGUACUGCCAUACGUAAACAGCAGGAUUUAAAUGAUGUUCAAAAGCAAACAGCUAAUGGUACUACAACGCAUGCUAAGUCUAAGAUUAAGAAACAUUGAAAUUAAUCAUUAUUAUAAUAUUAUUGUUAACAUUUAUCGAAAG